CGCCAUCCCACCACCGCACCCGCUCCCACACCCACACCCACAUCAACAGCCAUCUCGCAGAGUCGCAGCAAAUCACAACCCUCCCAGCACCCUCCAGCCAAACAGGUUCGCAGCUCAUGCAGCAGAGGACGCGACCUUGCAUCAGCCCACGCAAAGCCCGCAAUCCUGGGUCCAGAAAUAGGGUUAGAGGUUGGAAGUAUCUUGGAACACCUCCUACACGCAACACCACCCCUUAACACCCAUUACCUCCCCGCGCUCCCUCCUAGUCUCCCAAUGACCACGACACCAAAUCUGGAUUUACACGACAUUCCAUUAAACAUUCGAGUCACAAUUCGCACGCACAAAUCGGCAACGCCCUGAAAAUUUCAAUAUGGUCUCUUUUUCGUGUGAAGCCUGUGGAGACGUCCUCACCAAGAAAAAACUCGAUCCUCAUCGUGGCCAAUGUUAUGGCGCGUCGUACACAUGCCUCGACUGUAUGAUUCACUUCCAGGGAACAGACUACCGCGCCCAUACCAGCUGUAUCAGUGAAGCACAAAAAUACCAGGGCGCGCUCUACAAACCAGAGAGGGAGAAGAGGCCCAAGCAAAACCAUUCACAGGCCCUUGUACCCCACAAAGCAUUUGUCGAAGACGCCGAUGAUGAGUACCACCACAAUUCGCAUAUCACCAUCGUCGAUCCUCCAAUGCCAGAGGCUCCCUCUCCACCACCUGCGGCUUUCUUGUCGUCCAGUCCUGUCAAUGUCUUCGAUUUUCUUGUAAACGGCGAAACGCCGAACGCAUCUCGACUCGAACUUCCUGCCCCAGAGCCGAUGCAAAUGAUUGAGGAUACUCCGGAGGAAAAUAACGAUCGACAACUCGCCCGAGUAACCUUCGAGAAGAACUCACACAGCGACUUGGACUUGAUUGAGUAUGGCAAGGGCGCAGUACCAACUUUGACAUAUCAAACGCCAGCACCCAAAGCCGAACGGGAGCGCAAGAAGGAGAAGAAGGAUCGUGAUCAGAGUCGGGAUGAGAAGAAGGACAAGAAGCGCAAGCGUUUACAUGUCGAUACACAAUCACUCCGUGAUGCUGACGAGACAAUGACCGAUGCCCCACCAGUUCUCCAUUCCGGUUUGACUGGAGGUUUGAAGGGACUUCUGUCUCGACCGUCUGUCUUCCCACCAUCACCAGAUUAUUCUGGAGGUGAUGCCAAUGACAAUUCGCCUGGCAGUCCCCUGAAGAAGACGAAGCAUUCGAAACGUGGUCGCAACGGAAUCGAUGCAAUUGGCAACAACCUCAUGUCCUUGAUCGGCAGCAAACGAGUUUCAUCACGAGAACACUCGAGCCACUCUGAAGACCGACCAAGACGACGCCGAAGACACAGGGACGACUCGGAACGGCCAGUGCGAAAGAUGAUCGAGUACAAACCCUUGGAUGAAGAUGGAUCAGUCCAGGGUGACAAUGCAAACCAGAUGGUGAUCUAUAAGCCCCGCGCGGAGUUACUGCUAGGCUACAUCAACAAAGGCCCCGAGAGUGAGAGAGGUGUGAGCAUGAACAAGGCUUUGAAGAGAUAUCAUCGCGAUCGCAAUGCGAUGGGAGUUGGUCUCACGAGGGCGGAGGAGGAGAAGGAGUUGUGGAGAAGCCUGAGGAUGAAGCGGAAUGACAGAGGAGAAAUCGUAUUGUUUCUAUGAUACAAGAUUUGCCAGGUUUACGGCAGGCGCAUGCUUUGCAUUGCUUUGUUGCAGUUUGCGGGAUGGGCUCCUGUCUGGCUACUGGAGCUUAAUUGUUAGACUUGGAAUUAAGGCUUCAGUCUGUGACGACUGAUCACAGCUUCUCUACUCGAAGACUACUUGAACCCG